GGUACUCAAAAACUCUUUUUUUUUGUUUGCCUUCCCUUUCUGCUGUAUCAAUUUUUGACUAUUAGUUCAUGCCUUAUUGUCAAUUUUCUGGUGUAGUUUAUGUUUGAUGUAAUUUGUAAAUGAAUUUAGAAUCCCUUUGAUGCUUGGUGUGUUAUCACUGGAUGUUUAGUUCUACUGUUAUGGCUGCUUCCAAGAAACCCCGCCUUAGGCUUAGAGAUGUGGCCUUGUGCCGUCUGUUAUCUGUAGUGUUUGUUACAUUAUGUGGGGUUUUGCUUCUGAUAUUUCUCCUUGCAUCAAAUUCAACAUCAAUUGGGACUCACGAUGUUGGCAAUGUUGAUGCAUACCGUCAUGACUUGAAAUUUGCAAAGUGGCCUGAUCUCCCCCAACUGAAUGACUUGUCACUUAGAUUGGAAAAGCUAAACAGGUUGCCUCCUAGAAACUUGGAUUUGCAUCCAACUCUCGCGAAGGAUCAUAUCAUUGUAGUUCUGUAUGUUCACAACCGGCCUCAGUAUCUUAAAGUGGUUGUUGAGAGCCUUUCGCGGGUGGCGGGGAUUAGUGAGACCUUGCUAAUUGUUAGUCAUGAUGGAUACUUUGAGGAUAUGAACAAGAUUAUUGAUGGUAUCAGGUUUUGUCAAGUUAAACAAAUAUAUGCUCCCUAUUCGCCGCAUCUGUUUUCUGAUAGGUUUCCUGGGGUUUCGGCUAAUGACUGCAAGGACAAAGAUGAUGCCCUGAAAAAACGUUGCGAGGGGAAUCCUGAUCAGUAUGGAAACCAUCGGUCGCCAAGGAUUGUAUCACUGAAACAUCAUUGGUGGUGGAUGAUGAACACGGUGUGGGAUGGAUUGAGAGAGACAAGAGAUCAUUCCGGUCAUGUUCUUUUCAUUGAAGAAGAUCACUUCAUAUUUCCCAAUGCGUACCGCAAUCUACAGGUUUUAACUUCACUGAAGCCUAGAAAGUGUCCUGAUUGUUAUGCUGCAAAUUUAGCACCUUCUGAUGUUAACUCUAGAGGUGAAGGAUGGGCUACUUUGAUUGCUGAGAGAAUGGGAAAUGUUGGUUACUCUUUCAAUCGAACUGUUUGGAGAAAAAUACACAACAAGGCUAAAGAAUUUUGUUUCUUUGAUGACUAUAAUUGGGAUAUCACAAUGUGGGCAACUGUUUAUCCUUCGUUUGGUAGUCCUGUUUACACGUUGCGAGCUCCUAGGACCAGUGCCGUUCAUUUUGGGAGAUGUGGUUUGCACCAGGGUCAGGGGGAGAAUAAGGCUUGCAUUGAUAACGGCAUGGUGAACAUUAAUGUAGAAGAUCCUGACACAGUUUCUAACAUUGAAUUAGAUUGGGAAGUCCACACCUAUCAAAACCAACCUGGCUAUAAAGCAGGGUUUAAAGGUUGGGGAGGUUGGGGGGAUGAUAGAGAUCGUCACUUAUGCUUGAGUUUUGCCAAGAUGUACCACUCCAAAGGCACUGCAUAUCCAUUGUAAGAGUUAGAAUAUCUGGAUGCUGCAUCUUUUUAUUCUUCUCCCACUUUUUUUGUUUUCAUUUGGUUUAUUAUAUCACGUGAGAAGAUUAGGUUUUUCAAUACAGGAAUUGAUAGUAGACAUUCACAGAGGGUGUUAGGGUUCAUAAUUACUUUCAUAACCAUCACUAUAUCUUAUGUACUAGUUGUAACAUUGAAUCAGUAUUCAUCAAUAUUGGUUCUUCCUCACAUGAAGGAAGCUUUUGUGUAUUAUGUGAACUGCUUUUUCUCUCCAUUUGCUUUUGUAUUUUGUAUUAUGGAGAGACUUAUCCAAACAGGACCCAUGUGAACU